GCAACCACCGCCCAACGCUUUCGGAAUCUCCAUCUCCAUCCCCAUCCGAAGCAAGCCCUCCCCUCUCCGGCUCUCUCCCCCGCCGUCUCGCCUCCUCCUCCCUCCUAGCUCCGUUUCCGCCCGCCACCCCGACUCGGCCUAUAAAUCGCACCACACCACCCCCCGAAUCCCCCCCAAAACCCACCACCGAAGCCAAGCGCAAGCAGCAGCCCCGCCGCCACGAUGAUCCUCCGCAUCCGCAGCCGCGACGGCACGGACCGCAUCACGGUGCCGGAAUCGGCCUCCGCCACCGUCGCCGACCUGCAGCGCCUCAUAGAGUCCCACCUCACCGUCCCCGUCCCCCUUCAGCGCAUCUCCCUCGACCCCGCCCUCCUCCUCCCCAAGCCCUCAGCCGCCGUCCCCCUGCUCUCCGACCCGGCCGCCCCGCUCGCCUCGCUCCGCCUCGCCAACGGCACCUUCGUCUACCUCGCCUACCCGCCCGACGCGCGCUCCGCCCGCCCGCCGCCUCCCAAGGUGCUCUCCGCCGCGGGCUCCUUUGGCAGGAAGAUGACCAUGGACGACCUCAUCGCGCGUCAGAUCCGCGUCACCCGCCAGGAGGCCCCGCUCUGCGCGGCCGCAUCCUUCGACCGCGACGCCGCCAACGCGUUCCAGCUCCAUGUCGCCGAGUCACUCGCCUUCGCCGUCAAGCGGGCGGGCUUCCUCUACGGCCGCGUCGACGCCGAGACCAAGGAGGUCUUCGUCGACUUUAUCUACGAGCCGCCGCAGCAAGGCUCCGAGGACGUGGUCCAGCUCAUGCGGAACCCCGACGAGGAGGCCCGCGUCGACGCCAUCGCCGAGGGGCUCGGGAUGCGCCGGGUCGGCCUCGUGUUCACGCAGGCCGUGGGGAGGAAGGCCAGCGACACCGGCGAGUACACCAUGUCCAACCGGGAGGUGGUGCAGGCCGCCCAGCUGCAGGCGGAGGGUGGGAUCCCGGAGUGGGUCACGGCCAUAGUUAAGCUGGAGGUUGGGGACGACGGCACCGGGGAUGUGCACUUUGAGGCCUUCCAGAUGAGCGAGAUUUGUGUCAAGCUCUUCAAGGAUGGGGUACUAGAAACUGAGGUUGGGGAUUCUGACGAUCCCCGGUUGUCAAAGAUGCGGAAGCAGGUGGUGGCAGGGGGGAAAGAUACCAUGGAGGUGGACAAUGACUUCUUCCUCGUGCCUGUCAAGAUCUCCGAUCACCAGGGUCUACUGUCAGUAGGCUUUCCUAUAGAGAACCGUGGAAGCCCUGUAGGAAUGAGCGCACUGAGAAGCCACCUGGACCGUGUGAAGCACCUGCCAUUUGUGAAGCGGAUCUCCGACUUCCAUUUGCUUCUCCAGGUCGCUAGUUUCCUAGAUGUAAAAGCAGACGUGCCUGCCCUAGCUGCAUGUGUAAAAACUCAGAGCAGAGUGCCCGAGGGUUACCAGCUUUUGAUCGAGUCCUUGGCUAGUCAGGGAUAAUCUUGCUUCUGAAAGCAAGACACGAUGAUGCUUAAUCUACUUGUCAUAUUAUGUGUAAGUUAUGGAUGUCUCGGGUGUGCAAGUCUUGUUCGAUUUCGUAUGGGCUUACCUUUCUGCAAGCGCGACAUCUUUCAUUAUGGGGGCAAUCUAGUCCUGCACUGACUGAAACCCAAGUCUUACGGUGCACUACCUGAAGCUUGAAGGUGGGGAACAACGGUGGUUCUGAAUGACAUGGUGGAAACAUAUAAAAAAACUGUCAGGACUGUUCUGUUCUGCAUAUAAAUAACUGUCAGGACUGUUCUGUUCUGCAUAUAAAUAACUGUCAGGAUUGUAUCUGUUCUGUGUGCAACGCUUAGUUCAAGUACAGUUGAGGGUAAUAAUUUCUUUGUUGUGGUCAAUAUAUUGUCACUGAUUCCAUCUUCCAUCUUGGAUUAGUUAUGUCACUAUGUGGCCAUGGCGUCAGGGUUCUAUUUUUUACUCGAGUUUGUUCAUGUUGCACGCAUUGGAGUUUGGAUCGCUAAAGAAUGGUUACUGAAGUGAAA